AUGAGAUGGCCAGGAGAAGUGCCUACAGUUGACAAAGAGACAAGUAAGAACGUCCUUAAGGUUCUCAGGGAGAAUGGGGUGGUGUGGGAUGAGAAGUCACCCCCAGUGAUCUUGGAUACAAGGCCACCAGGGAAUAUAUCAACAGGAUUCUUGGAGUCUUUAUCGGUUUCACUCACAGGAUCCCUCCUCCACCUCCCCCUCCUCAAGCAAUACGGAAAACUCUAA